AUGAGUCAGUCGCAGCAUCGCCUUCUGAACCAUCGGAAACAGAGGGCGCACCUGGGAGUGCUUUUGAUGGAUCGGCUGACGCGUCUGGACACGUUUUUGCUUGGCUCGGUUGAUGCACCUGGGCAAGCCGUUGAUGGAUCGGUCGAUGCGUCUGGGCACGCGUUUGAUGGGUCUGCCGACGCGUGUGAGAACGACCUUGAUGCUUUGGAGCCGCCCAAGGCACUUCUCGCGCUAGAUGUACAUGGCGUGUGUGGCCUAUCGUUUGAUGACACGCGGCAUCUACUCAGCGAGUUGGAGGCCCAGAUGCCACGCACCGUUUCAUUGGAAACGCUCGUGCUGUCGUACAGUGGCCACCAGCGAGGACUGCAGACGCGCGCCAGGCUCCAGAUCGAGCUGCCUGACCUGGAGGUCUUUAUUUGCAGGGGCCCUGUUGAAAGGCUGACGGACCGAACCAUGGCGAAGUGCAUUGCUUUACCGUUGGUGCUUACUGCCGCGGAAUUUUUGGCAUGCGAAUUUUAG